GGCGGGGCUUGCGGCGGAAGCGGCGUCCGCACGCUCGGUGCGGGGCCGGCUGCAGAGAUGCUGCGUGCGUGGUGGCUGCGGCUGUGUGCCGCGUUCUGCUGCCUCCUGCUGGGGCAGGCCCAGGCCCCGAGCCCCGGGUUGCCGCCGGAGCGGAGCCGGCCCUACGCGGUGCUGCGUGGGCAGAACUUGGUGUUGAUGGGGACCAUUUUUAGCAUCCUGCUGGUGACCGUCAUCCUUAUGGCAUUUUGUGUCUACAAGCCCAUUCGUCGCCGGUGACAGCUACGCAAGAUCAUCGUGCUUCAAGUUUCUGAAACAGCAUAAGUUGUGUUGCAUGUGAGCCACUGGAGAUGGUGGGAUCAGAACAUCUAGGAAGUGACCACUGAUCUGGACGGGUGGUAAAUGCUACAGGUUAGAAAAGCAUCUAGCAGUAAUUGUUUCCCUAACAUCGGUUAUUGGCAACUGAGUCAGAGUCUCAGUAUUUGUUUUUGUUUGGCUGUGCUGGUUAAAAGUAAAGCCUGGAGCUCCAAGGUUCCCUGUAAAAUGUGUCCAUUUCCAAGUGUGCAGAAGAACCACGCUGGAGGACUAAUCACUGAUGCUCGAAAUAGUAAGGAAGACUUAACAUGUAGACAUCCCCUGCUUUCAACCAUUCUGUCACGGUGUGUUAGUCACACAUGGGGGCCAGCAAGAUGGCUCAGCAGGUAGAGAGGCUUGCCACUGAGCCUGAUAACCUGAGUUUAGUUCCUGGAAGUCACAUGGUGGAAGGAAAGAACCGACUUCGCAGGUUCUCUGACCCCCACACCCGAAUAAAUAUAAAAACAGCCCACAUUUCCACUCUCCUGGUUGGAGAGCCAGUGUUCACUGUGGGGAACUGAGGCCAUCAUUCCUUACCUGCAUCUGUGCUGUACUUGAGUCCCCAAAGCUGAACCAGAAUUGUAUCCUAGGCCUGUAGUCGUGCCCCCUUGGCCUGGAAGGCUCUGGGUUGGACUGGGAAUGCUACUGUCUAUCAGAAGAACGACUCCACCUGACUCACGGUUAGCUGUCCUUCUCACCCACAGCCUGAAGUUUUUGGUAGCUUUCCAAACGGGAGCCUGAGAGACUUAGCUCUCCCUCUUCUCCCUGGUGUAGAGGGGUCAUCCAUGUGUCCAUUGUGCAGGCUGCUGUGUUUACAGGACUGACAGCUCUCAAAGUGCUGCUACUGAACUAGAUUUCCCCUGUUGAUACUUUUCAUAGUUAUAGAGUGGCUAUCAGUAUUUAUUUGAAAGAUCUAGAUUUAAUUUUGUUAUAAUGUUGUUGUAACGUUUAAUCUUGUGUUCCCUGCAAGCACAGCACUGGUCUUUUUUGUUUCAUAAUCUAACGUGUACUUGAUUUGAAUUAACUGAGGAGCACUGUAACUUUUGGGGUCUUGACCUUGUAACACUGAGCCAUUAAAAUGUCCAAAUUAAAGAGAAA